GUGUGGGGGGUGUCUGGUGUCUGUGGGUCUGUGUUGGCUCUCUGCCAGCUGUCCAUUACAGUCCGUGCGUUGACAUAGGACAGCUAGAUCGGAUCAAGCCUCAUACCGAUUUUGAUACUCAAACGGACCUUGUCAAUUAUCCGUACGUACAUGGCCUUAAAGAGAUCGGAUAAUGGCCGGAGCAUGGCUGAUUCCGCUACCCUAGGUGGCGCUGUAGCCACCUGGGUGGCGCUGUAGCCCUUUCAACAAGUGGUUAUAGAGCCACUUACGGUUGACCUCUACGUCCCAGCAACAAAAAACACGGGCAGCAUUCGAGAAAGAUGUUUUCGCAGGGCUCCAGAGUUUGUUGGUGUUCCCAUGGACCUUGGCGCACUUAUCGUACAGGCGUCUCUCCGGAGACAGAGGGUUUUUCGGGACAGAACCGAUCCCUUGGCAUUGUCUGACGAUAUUCUUUAUGAGAGAUACAGAUUCGGCAUUUAUUUAAGGCAUUUAUUUAAUGGUCAAAAUAUUAUUAAUCAAUGGCGUAAAUAUCGACGGUGCAACCGGUGCAGCUGCCUGGUUGCCCCCCCCCCCCGUCAACAACUCAGCGCAAGGCAGGCACGGUCCAACGCCCCCAUGGACCUGAAGUGAACUGACAGCUGUCCCGCACACGGCAACAAUCCCUUUCUCCUCCAUGUAGCGUUUCAAUCUUGACUUCAGAGUCAAAGCCAAAAUUCCUUUGCCCCAAUUCCUUCUCCACCAUGGCCGAGAUAACCCCCACUACGAGUCAUUGUUGUGGAAGUACCAGAGCAUUGGACAACCCGACGCAGUCAUUGUUGAGAGAUGUGCCCGAAGUUACUACUUUACAACCUUGUUGAUGACCAACGUUUAGGAAAACAUGUAUUUUUAAUUCAGCCUUGGGUGAAAUCAAAGCGCAGUGUGUACUGAAUGCAUGUUGACGAUGAUAUGGGUUUUCACUUUUUAGGCCGUAAUGGCAUGACAACGGCUUCCUCCAUCUUCGUCGCCAUUUUGCGUCGCCAUUUUAAAUAAUGCUCAGUUUUUCGUUGUCCGACGGUGACAACCAUAAACAUUAAAUUAAAUAAAAAACAUUAAAAAAACAUAUUUAUGAAGAAGUAAGAAUUGUUUAUGUCUAUGGCGACAACAACACGACUACCGUCUCCUUCUACUUCUGGCUCACGUCCCCCGGCCGCAAGAUCUCGAGCAUGUGCAGAACGCGAUAUCCGACACGGGUUUAAAUGCAGGUAGAAACCGGACUAUGAUCGAGUUAUCUAGGUAUUCAUAUCCGAUUUCGCUUGUCCGUUCAUGUACCGAUUUCGGUCCGAAGUAGUUCGGGUAAAGGUGUUUACUCACUUUCAAAACAACAACAAAUGGAAACAGGAUGGCGAUUAGGAUUAUGUGGAUCAACCCCACCUUUCCGCCUCUCUUCCAUCUCUGGCUCUGAGUCCUUAUGGUCAGAUGGCUGUAUGAGGAACACGGCUUAAGGAGGUCAACGCUCCAAUCAAUCUGGUCUCGUGUCUGAGCAGCCCCGUGUUUCUGGAGGAGGACAACGACAACGACGAGCUGUCGACACACAGGAAGAAUAAGGCAGCGGAGAAGGAGCUCCACUGUAUGUCGGAAAAACUUUCCAGACGCCUUCAGGACCUUGACCAGAUGCUGCAGCGUGUGCUGGGGGAGAGCGGAGACUUAAUGACUGAAGAGGGAAAGCAUCACCAAGGGGGCUGCAGACAAACCGUAACGCCCUGCCCUCAGGCCACACAAGCCCUUCCCCUCCGCUCCCCGCCCCCUACCCAGGUACCGCCGCGGCCGGAGGGCCCCACCAGGGGAGCCAGGGGACCUGGGCGACUGCUGCAGACCAACCUGAAGUCUGCCCCUCCCUCCAGGAGGAUCCCCGGCCGGGAGGGAGGAAGAGGAGCCUCUCAGGCCUAUGAGGAGCAGCUGAGGCGCUGUGAGGCCAGAGAGGAAGAAAGGCUGGCCCAGGAGCGGUUCCGUGCUCAGGAGGCCGAGCGGGCGUACAGGGAUGCCAUUUUAAGGGACCUCCCACAGAGAGCGUGCUCAUCUCCAGGACAAUGUGAGAGGGAGGCCCAGCUGCGCCCCCUCCCCUCCAGACCUGGCGCCGCCCGGCAACAGCAGGACCAUCCCAGGAGAGCCCCCCAAAUGAAGGUGAAGCAGAACGACCUGCUCCGUGUGCUCCUGAAAGAACUCCCUCUCCUCCAGCACUCUCCUCACGGUUUGGCUCGCAUGUGGGAGCAGCAGAUGGGCCAGGUAGAGCAGCUCCACCACCUGCCUGCCCGCAUCGCCCACAGCCAGUCACGCAAACAGGGCAGCCAGGUGGGACCCCACCACCACCGCCAGUGCUGCUUGCCAGUGGAGGAGGCCAAGCGCAGACGGGACCUCCUGGUGGAGAUCAUCCGCAAAGAGAGAGAGCACCACAAGAGACUGCGGGACUUCAAGGAGAGGAUCCAGCAGCAGAAGGCCGCCCAGAACCGGCUCAGGGAGCAGAGGCAGCAGGUGGCCCGCGCCAGGAAUUACCACAGCAGCUUCCACGUGCAGCUCCGCGCACAUCUGACCCGCGCACGCUCCAAGGAGGAGAAGGUGAGCUGAAGGCCCUUUUUCCAGCAGGUGCCCAUAGAGGUCCCCUGUGGUCUAAAGGUCCCCUUGUUCCCAGCAGGUGGUCUAGAGGUCCACUUGUUCCCAGCAGGUGUUCUUGAGGUCCCCUUGUUCCUAGCAGGUAGUUUAAAGGUCGUCUAAAGAUCCGCUGUUCCCAGCAGGUGGUCUAAAGGUCCCCUUGUUCCCAUCAGUUGGUCUUAAGGUCCCCUGUGGUCUAGAGGUCACCUGUGGUCGAGAGGUCAAAUUUCCCAGUUCCCUGUUCCCAGCAGGUGGUCUAAAGGACCCCCUGUUCACAGCAGGUGGUCUAGAGGUCCCAUGUUCCCAGCAGGUGGUCUAGAGCUCCCAUGUUCCCAGCAGGUGGUCUAGAGCUCCCAUGUUCCCGGCAGGUGGUCUAAACCUCCAAUGUUUUAGAGGUCCCUUGUUCCCAGCAGUUUGGCUAAAGUUCCCCUGUACUCACCAGGUGUUUUAGGGUGCACUAGGCCAUCUGGCCGUGGCUGUGGCCGUUUUCACACCUAGCCGUGCUCAAAUCUGCCAGUGUGAGUGUGGCCGGUCUGGCCAGGCCAACUUGGCCACUUGGGAGAGGUGUGCUGCUACGGUAGGGGCCGCCACGGUACAGAUGCUAAUGAGCCGACAUGCGCACACGCACGGCUACGCAACCUGAGCUGGAUGAUGUAUAGUCCAUGCGACGACCAUGGUCAUAAUAAAGGCGACGAGGAAAUUAGCAACAGACUCAACAAAGUGCGAACUGAGUUCUCCGUGUUGUUGUCCAUUGUUGUUAAAACUCUGACUGGCGGCAGACUAUAUUAUGGUCCAUGCAGCGGACGCUUGGUGAUGACGUGCUACGACGUGAUGACGUAUGUACAAGAGCCUACCGUGGCCAGGGCACAGUUGCGACGGCCAACGGCCACGGCCAGCUGGCCUAGUGUGAAUGCAGGCCAGAGAACAAUGGGGCCAGUUGAGCACGGUUAUGUGUGAAAACGGCCAGAUGGCCUAGUGUGAGUGCACCCUUAGAGGUCCCCUGUUCCCAGCAGGUUGGCUAAAGCUCCCCUGUUCCCAGCAGGUGUUUAAGAGGUCCCCUUGUUCCCAGCAAGAACAGGUGACCUCCAGAUUCAAAGUGGAUGUCAAUUUGAAUCUUCUUUCAUGUACGGCUCUGUUAGAUUUCAGCUUAUUUCUAAACUGUUCGUAUAGACUCUGCGUUGUGUAUUUUCCGUCGUAGUAGUAAUUCUCGAAGUCGAAAUCAAAGCAACUUGACAGGUUGGAUCAGAGGGUUGAAUAGAUGGUUUAUUCCAGGAUGUAAUAAAGCGAGAUACAGACUUAGGUAUAAUAAUCAAUAGUGGACGCGGUUGAGGAGCAGUUUUGAGACGUGUUCCUUGGCUGUCGAACCCUCUUCUCUCCAAACCAAAAGGUUUGGGCGAGUAUUAUACAAUAAGAGAAACAUGAAUAACACGUAAACAGAAGCACUCUCAGCCUUGAUAAGGUAUAUGGCCCUGGCUAUGUCCCAGAGGACCAGGUCGGUUCAUCCUUGUUGGGACAUAACAAAUGGCAGAUGUUGGUAAUAACACCUUGUAUCAGUGUGAGAGGCACUGGCCUGUUCCUAGACUAGAAAUGUGAACACAGAGAGACACUAAAAUACACCAACAUUCUACAGCUCUUUAGUUUUGAAGAGUAAUUUAAAGCUCCAGUGUUUAGAAUGGAGUAGCAUCUAGUGCAGGGGUCUGAAACUCGCGGCCCGGGGGCCAAUUGAGGGCCGCAGGAUGAUAUUUUGUGGUUCCCUGCUUCACCAAAGUUUAGUGUUCGUGCGGCCCGCACGUUGUUGUCAAACGCACAUUUUUGCUGAGUGGCCUGCCAUACUUUUUUACCACUUGUUAGAGGGUAACCAGCAGUGUUUCCGCUAGAAAAAAUUGGUGCCUGUCAUGUGGCCUGGAAGGUUUCAUUUGAACGUUUUUAGAUCCGGCCAAGAAAAUCAAGCUCGACCCGGCCCGAUCCCAUGCACGUUCUGUCCGAGCCCGGCCCGCCCCGACACAUUAACUGUAAUUAUGAGACCGAGCCCGAUUUCAACCCGACAUUUUUUUACACAUGUAAUUUUUAAGUAACUAUGUGUAACUUUGUACACAUUUGUUACUUAGGCCUACUCUGCUAAACAUAUAUGUAAGGAAUAAUGUAUAGAACGCCGGUCAUUAUCGGGAAAAUAAGCCCCGACAGGGCGAACCGGACACCGACACGCAGCGGAGGUGUCUUGCUUUGCCCUGAAGGGGCUUAUUUUCGAUAAUGACCGGCGACGUUCUAUACAUUAUCCCGCUUACACCACGGCUACUUGCCAAAACGAAAAAAUAACUUCACAUGGUGUGUCUUUUUAAUUUUUUUUUGUUACCAGCAUUCGUAGUGUUGAUCAGCAGUGAAAUAGUCUGCCAAAGACGUUGACGUCGCUUAGUAACCGAAGACGCUGGGGUUGACAAGUUACCGGACUACUUACUACCCAUGCAAGUGAACGGAGCGUUCCACGGCAUUGAGAAGACCCGUGUAAUCAAGGCCUAUAAUAUUUCGGUUUAUGGCAUUGAAUUCAGAUUAGGUCAAUAAAGCAAUGAUUCAAAAAAAUGAAACGCUCGAUCAAAGGCCUGGCCCAACCCGGUUCGAGGAUAGUGGUGGGAAAUAUCGGGUCAAUCAAAACCCUCAUUGUUUUAAAUGAAUUGGCUAAACAAAUGACCACAGUAGCAUAUUUAAACACAAUUCAAAUUGUGCCGAGAGAAUUAUUUCAAUUGGUCAUUCUGACCGGAGACAUUUAGAAUUUUCGGUCCUCCUCCUCCUCAAUGACCGGUAAUUACCGGACAACGGAAACUCUGGUAACUUGAUGUCCAGAUUUGGCCGGGACAGUCCCAAUUUUGAGUUGCGUGUCCUGAGCCCCGACAAAAGCCAAAGGAAGCUAAAAUGGCCCGGUUUCCACCAACCACUAUGAAAUGUCCCCUGUUGUCAGCGAUUACAUAGCCAACGUGAUUGCCCGAUCAUUAACUUAGAUUGGGUCAGUUGUGCUCCUUUUUUCUGUGGAAUAUUUGAUGCGGCCCAGCCUGAACCAGACUCUACCUCCGGCGGCCCCCAGGUAUGUUGAAUUUGAGACCCCUGAUCUAGUGGUUUCGGGCAGAAUGAAACCCCUCUCUUUCUUCGGUGGCAGUUGACUUCAUAAUCAAAUCAAACUUAUAAAUACAAAUUUGCAAUACAAGGUGCUUACAAUGCAAUGAAUUGAUGACCUAAUUUACGAGGUUAUUGUUGGUGAUGAGUGAUGACGUUCCUUCAGAUUAGUGAAUUGAAUAAUUCCAUUUCGUUUUUUAGGUUCAUAACUUACAGGUAAUUUAACUAAAACAUAAAGAACUAUAAAAUGCAUUUCCUGCAGAAAAUGCGGUGAGUGCUCUUGUACAAAGUGAAGUUGAAAAUAUUUUUUAAUAAAGCCACAUAGAUUAAGACAUAAAGAAACGCUAAAUGGUUUAAAUCAAGUGAAGGGAUUUGAACAAAGUUCAAAGGUCUAAAUGGAGUAAACAUUGUAAAGCUGCACACCAUUUAAGAAAAAGUUAAGUUGGUUGGAAACAAAUAAAGUGUCAGCUGAAUGAAAAGUGCAAAGCAUUGCUAAAAAUCCAGAAAUGUAUAAGGUCAAGUGUGUGUGUGUGUGUGUGUGUGUGUGUGUUUAAGAGAAUAGCGAGCCGGUGUGUUUUUAAAAAAAGCCCAAUAGAAGGGGAAAAACGGUCCAAUCUGGCAACCCUGCCUGAACGUCCUCCAAAAGUAAUAAUAAUAAUAAUAAUAAUA